CGAGCAACACCGCCGUAACGGAGGUUGUGACUGAAGCAACUGAAUCGACGCUAGGAGUUCUGAGGAACAGUCUAGAACAGAGUUGCCUGAAAUAGCAAAUAAACAUGCCUCGAGUAUACAUCGGACGACUAAGUUAUCACGUCCGCGAAAAGGACAUUCAGCGGUUUUUCAGCGGAUAUGGAAAACUAAUGGAAAUCGACUUGAAAAAUGGCUAUGGAUUCGUGGAGUUUGAAGACAACCGGGAUGCCGACGAUGCCGUGUAUGAGCUGAACGGAAAGGAUUUGUGCGGAGAACGGGUGAUCGUUGAGCAUGCCCGGGGCCCACGGCGAGACCGAGAUAGCUACGGUGGGGGUUACUGGGGCGGAGGGCGCAGUAGUGGUUACAGCAGCAGCAGCAGCAGCAGGAGCCGCUCUGGAAGGGACAAGUAUGGCCCUCCAGUCCGUACAGAGUACCGCCUCAUUGUGGAAAACCUGUCAAGCCGCUGCAGCUGGCAAGACCUCAAGGACUUCAUGCGUCAGGCAGGUGAGGUGACGUAUGCCGACGCCCACAAGGAGCGGACCAACGAAGGGGUGAUAGAGUUCCGGACUCACUCUGACAUGAAACGGGCCAUGGACAAGUUAGACGGCACAGACAUCAAUGGGCGAAAGAUUCGAUUGGUGGAGGACAGACCUCGUAAACGAAGGUCUUACUCUGGCAGCCGCUCCAGAUCUCGAAGUCACCGCCGCUCCCGCAGCAGAAGCCACAGGAGCUCAAGGAGUCACUCCAGAUCUCACUCCAGAUCUCGUUCUGGAUCCCAUAAGUCCAAAUCUCGCUCACGCUCACAGAAAUCUCGUUCCCGUUCAGCCGACCGGAAAUCAAAGUCCCGCUCUAAGAGCCGUUCUAAGGUCAAGUCGGAGCGGGAUUCUCGUAGCAGAUCCAAGGAGAUGGAUGUUGGUGCUGGUGAAGACAACAACAAGAAGUCCCGCAGCCGUUCCGCUUCCCCUGUAGAGAACGGUAAAGAGGAGCGCACUGCCAAAUCAGCGUCCCGCUCCCCUCCCCACAGGAAGACGAACGCCGAUCUAAAUCCAGAGAGAAGCAGUUCAGCGUCCCGCUCAGUCUCCCGCUCAAGGUCUCGAUCUCGAUCUAGAUCAGCCUCUCAAGAUUAGAUGUGGAAAACAUUUUCCCCUUCCUCCUUUUUUUUCUUUUUUGAGUUUUAUUAUAAUGCUGUAAAUAGCGAGCAGUGUCACAGGCUUCUGCUUCCUUACCUUUUCUCUUCAGAGUGUGCUGUUUUGACAUGCCAUCAAUGAAUGCACAUUGUCAAGGCUGUUUUUGGAAACCUGCCUAUGUAAAAGAUUUCUGAUCCCAAGUUUUGAGUAGUCUUCCACUUGAGACUCAUUUUCUAGCCCACAGAUUAAUUUUUUUUUAAUUAUUAUUAUUUUAAGUCUGUUUUCAAUAAAAUCUUUUCUGGCUUUAUACGAACAACGUUUAAUAUUCUUUGGUCACUGUUACCAGUAAAUUUGCUUGUGGCACACUGUGUACAAUUUACCAUCAUUCUUACUUUCCCGGAUUAUAUAAAGAAUUUUUUAUGUUCAAGUUUUAUGAAGUGCACAGUUAUGAGUGAAUUGUUGGAUGCCUGAUGCAGUUUCUGCUCUGAUGGGCCUUUUCAUUUCUGUUUUUUUGCGGGAGGACACAAGAGCGUGUACUAUUAAACUUCAUAAUUGCAUUGUGAAAAGUUUGUUGUACUUUUGAACAUCUUGCGUUGUAGUUAUGGUAGUUGGUUAUCCUUUUCUUAAUAAAAUUGUUCAUAAGCUCUGCUAGGGUGUAUUUCUUUUUUUCUAAAUUCUUAGAAAUAUUGAGGCAAUGGUUAAAUUGAGUGAGGGUAGACAAUAAUGCUGAUAUACUUUCCUGACAAUAGCUGCUCUGGGUACUGCCCUUUUCAUUUUAUUUUCCACGCUUGUUCCUUUCUUUGCCCUGGUUUGAGGUGUGAUGCUCCUACAGGAGUUCUUCAGGUUAAAACAAUUGAAUUCGGAUAUUGUGCAUUUCUGUUGGUGUCGGAAAUGACGAGCUGAAUUCAGCAUCGUAAUUUUGUCCCAACAGUUUAUCUUUCCCCUCAAUGACUAAAUAAAAUGUUUUUUUUUUUUAAAUUGUAUGUUCAAUUAAAGAUCUUAAAAAGAA